AGUAAUCAUUAGAGCCCUGUUCGAUUAUAAAAAGGUUUACAAAUGGGAGUUAUCACACAGACUCACCUUCUGCAGACUUGACUUUGCUUCUGAGAAUGGCAUCAGUUGGCGUUCUACUUAGUUUACUGGGGCUGGUAGUCUUGAGUAACUCCAAGUGUAUUUUUGAAAAGUUAGAGGUGCAAGAUGACAACCCACCAACAGGGUGUGUGGAUAAGAAUGGAGAAGAGCACAAGUUUGAUUCUGAGUGGGUGGAAGACUGCAUGGACUGCUCCUGUACCAGUGACGGUUUGAGCUGCUGCAGCAAGCUCCCCGAUGAGAACGCGGAAGUCCCUGAAGACUGUGAGCUAGUUCUGGACAAAGAAGACUGCUCUGCCAAAGCAGUGUUUAAAUGGGACAAGACUAAAGAGUGUUCACCAAUAUAAUUACAAUGUCAGGGUUAUUAUUUUGAACCUGGAAAUUGACUAACUGACAACAUGAUUGAUGUUUGCUUUUAAUACUGUUUUCCUAUUAAUAGAGGAAACUGGUGGUCCCUCAGUUAAUGCCACCAUAGUCUAAAAACAUGCUGAACAAAAAUUGGUGAAACAAAUUACUGUAAUCAUAGAGUUGACACCUUUUGUUAUUCUUGUAACCGUUCAUGUGUUGUUGUUAAUGUAACUGCUUUUGUAUGUGAUGCUUGGUUGCUAUGCCGACAAGUUGAUGUGAAGGAUCUAUUCAUCAGUUACUGGUCUGUUUUGGAGACUGGCUCUAGUGAGUUGACACUGCUGCUGUUUUGCUCUUCUUUUAGCGUGGGUUAUGGCCUACAAUAGCCCUUGUGUUCAGAAAAUAAACAACCAGAAAAAUUGUCAUGCUUCCUUACACCAGAGUGCUAUGCUGUAGUGUAGUGUUGUAAUUUUUGUAGUAUUAUCAUAAACAUAUAGAACUAUAAGAUUUUUUUUUUUUUUAUCAGUAGAAGCGAUAAGUCAUAUGCUCUCAUAAUUGUAUAAAAUAAAAUAAAAUCAUUGAAAUAUGGACUGCUUGUGCCACCAUAGUCUCUGUAAUACCACUGUAAUAUCAGCAUUAAUAUUGUCCACAUAAACAUACAAAAU